UUCUAUGCUGAAUAGUUUCAUGUUACCGCUACAAAUGAAUAAUCUAUUUGCAGUGAACAUUUCCAAACUUCCUAAAACAGUCGGCUACACCAGUGGUAAUUUAUUAGACUGUAGUUGUGUCAUAAUACAAAGGUGGUAUUAUUGACUUUUUGUUGGUCAUAAACAUUCUGUUUGCAUUCACUGCAGUUUAAUGUUGUAAAACCAUAAAGCAUAAACAAGAGUCCUCAGGGGCCAAAAUACAUUUUAUCUGCAAAUCCAUGAGAAGACAAUGGCAUGAUUUUACCUCCGGCCUACAUUAAAAUUGGUUUAGGUGAACAAAAUGAACAAAAUAAAUGCACAUAAAAUAUUAUAUUUGUGAAGAAGACACAUCAUAAUUCUGCAUCAUGCAUCAUAUAAACCUAGUUAAGUGAAAUCAGUGAAAUGUCAUGUAGCAGCUUUUUAAGUUAGUUGUAAUUAUAUAGAUAAUGGGAAUUGUGUUUUUCUUAGCACAUUCCGUGAUGAAUUUAGGAUUAUUGUUCUAUCCCUAAUAAAUACAGUAGUGGCAUUACAUUAUUUUAUUUCAUGACAAAUUACUAUUUGGAUGGAUGUAACUUUGUUACAACGUACAGUACUUUCUUGGACUUUACACCACACUGUGUUUUGAGUGAGCCACAAAACGCUGCCCCAAAAUGCAGCCAGGUCUGGCUAAUUAUUAACUAAGAAAAUGUGCCAACUGUCUGGCUUUAUUGCAUUAUAAUUGUGUCAAACAGUGCGUCAAUCUGGAAUAAGUUUUCUUACAAAAAGGCUGACACAUACUGAUAGAAGUAUGAUACAAGAAAGGAUGAUUUGGAGGUCCACACUGUGCAGUGUUUGAUUUUAAAGACAAGAAAAACAGACAUUUGUGCCACUCAACAGUUAAAACUUUGGGCAGUUUUUGAGUUUCUGUGGGAACAGGGAACAGGGAAACUCUUUCGUUUUCAAACUAUUUCCCCCUCCCUUCUUCACACACACACACACACACACACACACACACAAACUAACUCCCACUCUUAGCUGGGUCCGCCCACCGAAUGUUUUGGCUUUCUGUGUCUGAUAUCUGAUAAAGCUUGCCUUUCGCAGUACAGCUCACAAGUACCCCCGCAGGCACAGACAAUGCCAAACCACCUCAAGUCUUGCUGCAGCCUUUUACAGGAUGGUUAAAGAUUCACAGAGCUGAUAUUGAGGAAAUAACAUCAUGGGGAGCAAAUGCUCCGCAAUGAGGAGGGGUAAGAGGAAAGAAGAACGCGAAGAUGUGGUUUCCACCAAAGUGCAAAGAAGAGAAGAGUCUCCUCCCCUCCAAAGGAGGCCAUCUCUGCAGGAAGAAGGUAGAACCAUAAAGGAGAAGCAGGCUUUAGAGAGGCAAGAAGAAGAAACGGUCUCUGAAAAACGGGAAUGCAGUGAAAAGAACAGUUCUCUGGUACAUGAAUACACUGUUGCUGAAGUUAACAGCCCAAGUCCUUGUCUCUCUGAAACACAAAACCCUGCUUCGGCUGUCACAGUGGAGAAAGAAGAAGCCGACUGGGUGGACAAAAACAGGGCUAAGCUCAUUCAGGACGUCACAUUAGUGAAGAAAAUUGCCGAUGAGAUGCUCCAAAUGAAGAUAAUGCAUAAAGAGAUGUACAGCAACAUCAUGGCUGCCCCGACCAGCCAGGAGCAGAUGAGGGAGCUCUACAAGACCCUGAAUACUCUAAAAGCCAAGUCUGCCUUCUAUAGGCUGCUCCAGGAAAUUCAGCCAGAGACAUGCCAAACAGAAGAGGUCAUCAAAAAAGCAAUCAAAGAGCACAAAGAACAUCUGAGGAAAAAGUUUAAAUACGAGUUUGAAGGCACUGAAAAAGAUCAAAACCGUAAACAAUUAUUGGACAAAAUUUACACGGAGCUUCACAUUGUACAGGGCGAGAGCGAACAUGUCAAUAGAGAACAUGAGAUCCGGGAGAUUGAGGAAAAGGCGAAGGGUAAAACAGCUGGAGACACUAAAAUCAACUGCAAUGACAUCUUUAAAAGUACAUCAGAAGGUAGCGUUUCAUCUGAGCAAGACAAUGGAGAAGUGAGCGAAAUCAGAACCGUGAUGACAAAGGGAAUUGCCGGCAUCGGGAAAACUGUGUCCGUGAAGAAGUUCAUCCUUGACUGGGCUGAUGGGCGAGCCAAUCAGGACUUGGACUUCAUCUUUGUGCUGCCCUUCAGGGAGCUAAAUCUGGUCAUUAGGCGCUCAUUUAGCCUUGAGACACUUGUCAGAGAAUUCCAUCCAGAACUACGAAACCUAGCAGUUGCAAGAAUACCUGCUAAUCACAAGGUUUUGUUCAUUUUUGAUGGUCUUGAUGAAAGCCAGCUUGAACUGCAAUUCAAGAGUGUCGAAAUGUUGACAGAUUGCACUGAGAUAUCAUCGGUGAACACUCUGGUGACUAACCUCAUCCGGGGACAUCUUCUCUCAUCCGCUCUUGUCUGGAUAACUUCAAGACCAGGGGCUGUUCAUCUCAUCCCCCGCCAGUAUGUACACCAGUGGACUGAGGUCAGAGGAUUUGAUGAUCCACAAAAAAUACAGUACUUCAGGAACAAAAUUGAAGACAAGGCAGUUGCUGAAAGAGUUGUUGACAACGUUACGGCCUCCCGGAGCUUGUUCAUUAUGUGUCACAUACCUAUUUUCUGUUGGAUUGCCGCAAAAGUUCUAGUGUACUUGCUAAAUAAAAUGGAUAAGGCUAAAGAUGAAGACAUAUACAUACCCACAACUCUGACUGAGAUGUACACACACUUCCUUUGCAUUCAAAUGCAGCUAGCUACCGAAAAGUAUGACAACAGGAAUGAGUCAGAUACAGAGGAAAUCUUCAAGUGGAAUGAAGAAUUCAUUUUUAAACUAGGCAGGAUGGCAUUUGAGCAUCUGAAUGAAGGCAAAAUCAUAUUUACUGACAAUGAUCUGAAGAAGUAUGGCAUUGACAAAGACAAAGCUGGAGUUCACUGUGGGUUGUGCACACAGAUAUUCAAAGAAGAGAGCGUGUUCUGCAAAAAGAAACUCUACUGCUUUGUCCACCUGACGGUUCAGGAGUACUUUGCUGCUCUUUUUGUCUACCGCAGUUUUGCAAGGAAAACAAUCGAUUCUCCAAGCCUCAAGAAUUUCCUGCUCAAAGGGUCUGAGGAAGAGCUUGAGGCUAUCUUGAAUGCAGAUCCAGUUGAUUUACCUUUAUAUGAGCUGAUGGAAAUCUCAAUAGCCAAUUCAACUCAGAGAAAGACAGGAGAACUGGACAUGUUCCUCAGGUUCCUCAUUGGCAUGUCCCUGCAGUCAACACAAGAACUACUUGGAGGCCUGAUUCAACAGGAGGAAGAAGAGGAGCACUCUGAAGUGGUUGAGGAAAUUAAGAAGAGUCUGUUAGAGAUAGAUUUAGGAGACUGCUCACCCGAAAGAUGUCUGAACCUUGUUCAUUGUCUGAUUGAGCUGAAAGACAGUUCCCUACACGAGACUGUGCAGAAGUGUCUGAAACCAGAUCAUAAUCCAGAUUCACAGCUCUCCCCUGUCCAGUGCUCAGUUUUGGCAGACUCAAUUCUAAUGUCAAACACGCCUCUAGAUGAAUUCAACCUGAAGAAAUACAGACCAGUGGUAAAAGGGAUUUUUAGGCUUGUCCCAGCUGUCAGAAACAGCAGAAAAGCAAGAAUCUCAGGCGUGGAUCUUGAUGUUUGGAUUGGUGAAACAAUCUCCUCAGCUCUUCAAACGCCAAAGUCUGUGCUAACUGAACUGCACCUGUUAAAUUGUGGCUUUUAUGAGAAAGGAACAAAGGUCUUGAUUGAUGGGCUACUAAACUGUCAGUGUGAACUAGAAGCUCUGAGUCUCUCAGGUGAAGGAAUUGGCCAACCAGACUGUGAAAAUAUGGCCUCCGCUAUCAAGUCACUCAACCUAAGAGAACUGGAGCUGAGUGACCAAAUACUGAGAGAUUCACUAUAUUCUUUCCUUUCUGUUGGGCUAGGCAGUCCUAAAUUGGAGAAGCUCAGACUUAACAGAAACUAUUGGAUUGAAACGAUCUGUGCGGAGUUGGUGACAGCGUUCACAUCCAACCCUUGUUCCUUGCGAGAGCUGGAAUUGAAUUACACCAGUUUGAAAGACUCAGAAAUGGAGAUCCUCUCCACUGGGCUGACGAGCACCAACUGCAUUCUGGAAGUGUUGAGUCUCCGUCACAACGAACUCACUGAGAAAGGUUGUGAGGUGUUGGCCUCAGCACUCUGCUCCAAAUCUUCCCACCUGAAAGAGCUGGACCUGAGCUACAACGAACUGCAGGACUCAGGAGUGAGGGCGCUCUGUACUGCACUGAUGAACCCACUCUGUGGUUUGAAAAUACUAAGGCUGUCAUUCUGUAAAGUGACGGGUGAUGGAUGUGUCGCCCUGGCCUCGGCUCUCAGGUCCGACCACUGCAGUCUCAAGGAGCUGGACCUCAGUUUUAACUACCUGGGAGAUCAAGGAGUCAAGCUGCUGACUGAAAUACAGAAGGAUUCACGCUGCAGUCUGGAGAAACUCAAUGUGGAAGAAAAUGAAGAAUACUGGUUUGACCUGAGGCUACUGAGACAGUAUGCCUGCAAUCUGACACUUGACCCUAACACAGCAGGCUUGAAUGCAAUUUUGACAGAAGAGAACAAAAAGGCAACACAUGUUGGUGAGAAGCAGCCAUAUCCUAAACAUCCAGACAGAUUUGAUGCCACUCAAGUACUGUGUGAAGAGGGUCUGACCGGUCGCCAUUACUGGGAGGUUGAGUGUGAUUCAGCUGAUGUUGGAGUGGCAUACAAAAGUAUAGACAGAGUGGCAGAUUGUUCAAGCGAAUUAUCUUUAGGAGGGAAUGAAAAGUCUUGGUGCUGGAUGCACGAAGGGAGCUUUCGUCAUAACAAUUCCAAUGUGAAAUGUGUCAACCGCGCUACAUACAGAAGUACCAUAGGGGUGUAUCUGGACUGGCCUGCUGGCAUUUUGUCCUUUUUUGAGGUCCUUCCUGAUGCACUGAGCCACCUGUACACUGUCUGUACAACUUUCACUGAGCCACUCUAUGCUGGCUUCUCGUUUGUUAAUGGAUCAGUUUACCUUCCUAAACUAAAGUGACCAAAUAAACUUUGGGGAAAUGUCUUAAACAUACAACUAGAAUGACCUACUUGUUGCUGGCUACAUGCAAAAACAAUGAUACAGUACAUGUCAUGCAACAAUCAAUUUUUAAACCUCAUAAAUAUGAUGCUAGGUAAAAGCUGAUGGAGCAAAACAGAGAUCCAAGUGUCAUGACACUUUUAAAGUUUGAAUAAUGUUUCUAUGUGACAGUAUGAUGAGAUAACAUGGAUCCGCAGUGGAGAGAUAAUUUCCUUUUGUUGUAUAUAUGCAAAUGAAUCACAUUUUUUGCUUUUUUUUUUUUUAACAGAAAGUGGUAGCAUAACAUUCCUACUGUCUUUUUUUGUAAAACUGUGUUUACAACAACUUUACCCAUAAAAUGACCUUUUCUAUAUCAGUUACUCGAUGUGUGUUAUUUUGAAUGCGCAGAAAGCUUUGUUUUUGUGUUGAUAUGUGUAUUUUACAUCACAUGUGCAGAAGAUGGAUAAUGAUAAUAAAAGAUAAUGUUGAAUAACCGUUAUCUCUUG